UCCACCAAGGACAAGGCAUCUACCAAGGGCAAAGCCUCUACCAAGGGCAAGGCCUCUACUAAGGGCAAGGCCUCCACCAAUGGUGAGGGCUUUGCCAAGGGUAAGGCCCCCACCAAGGACAAGGCCUCCACCAAGGGUAAGGCCUCUACCAGGGGCAGGGUCACCACCAAUAGUGAGGGAUCCACCAAGGGCAAUGACUCCCCCAAGGGCGGGGCCACAGCCAGUGGCAGGACCUUUACCAAAUACAAAACCUCCACCAAGGCAAGGCCUCCACCAAGGGGCAGGGUCAUCACCAAUGGCGAGGGAUCCACCAAGGGCAAGGCCAUGGUCAAUGGCAAGGCCUUUACCAAAUACAAAACCUCAAUCAAAGGUGAGGCCUCCACCAAGGGCAAAACCUCUACCAAAGGCAAGCUCUCAGAUAAUACCGAAGAAGAGUCAAUGGUGGAGGAAGAGAUAUCCAACAGUGGCUUGGAUGCCAAU